AUGGAAGGCCGUGAGAUGGGUUUAUUAUUUCGUAAAGGCUGGUUUACCAGGAGGAUUUUCAGCACAGUCUUACUCUUUGUAAUUGCCGACGCUUUCGUUAAAUUUGAGUAUGGAAUACCCGUGAAGACUGAUUUCGGAUCCUCAAAUUGGGAAUACUGGAACGAUAAAAAAAAUAGACAAAAGAUGUUGAGUGGAAAUUAGCCGAAGUAUGCGUUGAUGAUUUUUCUGGUGUUUCGUAUAUUUGGGUUAUUAUUCACUGGCGGAUCACGGAUCCUACGGAUUACACAAUCAGAUUAGAUUAUUACCUCAAUUGAUGACCUGGCAUUUGCCUUUGUAAUUUCUUCAAAUCACUCCUACUCACAUACUUUAUACGCUUCUUAUUCUUGUACUUCUGUC